CCGCCCGCCACAUCUCCUCCGCUCUACCCCUGCGCGCGCCGCUGGCGUCUCGUGCCGGCACUCUAGGCAUUCGCCAUUUCUCCAUCGCAAUGCUUCUCCGCGCCCUCCCCUUGCCGCCCUCCGCUCCGCGGAUCCCCCGCCCUUCCGCCGCCCUAACAUCCCGCCCCAUGGAGGUCAGUCUUCCCCAUGCCAACGCCUGCGCCGUCCCGUGCGCGGCGAUGGCGGAGGGCCGCGGAGCGGAGCCCGCGGAGAGGAGAGGCGGCGGACUGGUUGGGGGGACAGCAGGCAGCCGCGGGUGGCGGGGAGCAGGCAUGGCGCUCCGAGCGCGAGGUGAGAGCGCAGCGAGCUGUGCUGCGUGGGACAGCAACAGCAGCAGCAGCAGCAGAGCGCCAGCCAUCAAUGCGCCCAACGCCGUGCCUCACAGCAGCACCAGCACGAGCAGCAGCAAGGAGGGCGGCGUGGGGGAGGGCGGCAGCGGGGGCGGGGGCGUGGUGGUGCUGUUUGACGUGAUGGACACGCUCGUGCGCGACCCCUUCUACCACCACAUCCCACGCUUCUUCAACAUGAGUAUGGCGGAGUUGCUGCAGCAGAAGCACCCGACGGCGUGGGUGGAGUUUGAGUGCGGGCGCAUCUCGGAGGCGCAGCUGCACCAGCACUUCUUCGCCGACAGCCGCCAGUUCGACAUCCAAGGGCUGAAGGCCACCAUGCAAGAGGCGUACGAGUGGGUGGACGGCAUGGAGCCCAUGCUCGCUGCACUCAACGCUCAUGGCAUCGCCACACAUGCCUUCACCAACUACCCCCUCUGGUACCACAUGAUCGAGGACAAGCUGCGCCUCUCGCGCUACCUGCAAUGGACCUUCGUCUCCUGCCACAUGGGAGUGCGCAAGCCCUCCCCUGAGGCGUACAAAGCAGCGCUGGCUACCCUGGCGGUUGACCCCUCCGCAUGCAUCUUCAUUGACGACAGGGAGUCAAAUGUAGCAGCAGCACGGGGGGUGGGCAUGGCAGGUAUAACAUUCCAGUCCGCCAAGCAGCUAGCAGCCGAACUGUCACCUCUCCUUAAUAUUCCACUCUGAAAUUUUGUUAAACAUUUUUGUUCUCAGA